AUCUUAAUAAUAAGAUGUUACCUUUUAAGAAACUGGAAAAAAAACUGACUCUUGUAGGAAACACUUGCUAAAGGGAACUAAAAUAACGUAAUAAGAACGCCUUUCGCUGGAAGUGCUGUAGUUUACGACGGUAAUGAACGCAGCGCGGGGUACCUCUAGCUUAGCCUUUAGCACUGAAACUAGCAUAAAAGUUUAUAGCAUGCGUUUUUUUUAAAAAUGGUUCGUAUCCCGUGUUUUCUUGUAGUGGUCGGGGGCCGGCGGGCUGUGAACGCACUUGGCCGCACGGUGACGGCGGGUCUCGGAGCAGGCAGACUCGGUUUGACGAACUCCAAAAAGUACACGGGGAAGUUCCCUAGGAAAUCCCCCUUCUGCUCGGGGAUAUUAUUCUCCUGCUCGCCUCCGACUCAGACGACAGCCUCGGUGUAGAUCCUCGGUGAAGACACGGGAGCGGGCGUCAGAUGUCGGAUUAUUAACAGAAACAUUUCCCCCCCAUAUUUUUCUCUUUAAUCCACCAUCUCUGCCAUGGAUAAUGUCGGCGCGAGCACAGACAGGAUCCGGAGCUUCAGCACCAUCACCAGCCUGUAUCACGAGACGCGGCAGGAGACCGAGCUGCUGAACAAGCAGAUCCACGUCAAGGACAACAUCAUCGCGGACCUGAAGGCGAGGCUGGGCCGGUACGAGCGGCUCUACAUGUCGGUGGGGGACGACGAGUCGGUGGUGGUCGGUCCCUCCAAGUCGCUGCUCGAGAGCCUGUGUCAGGAGAUCUGCAAACUGAAGCAGCGGGGCAGCGAUGCCGAGUUCAAGGCGUCUCGACAGGAAGAGGAGAUCCAGAGGCUGACCUUGCAGCUCAGAGAGACGGAGCUGGAGCUGGAGAGCGUCAGGUGUCAGCCUGACCACGAGAAGGACCGCGAGAUCCAGAGGCUGCGGUCGGCCUUGGAGGAGAGGGACCGUUGCGAGGCCACCAGAUCCGUCCUCUGCACCUCCCUGGUGGAGGAGGCCGACCAGCUGCGGGGGCAGCUCAGCGCCACUGUGAAGGUGUGCCAGGAGCUGCUGGCGAGGCUGGAGAAUAAGGGCGAAGGAGCGGUAGAGGAGGUGGCCCAUCAGCAAAAGGCUAAGGAGACGGCAGAGUCCUCUGACAUGAGCGGUGUCAACACUCAAAUCGUUCAACUUCAGGAGGAGAAUAAACAGUUAAAGCAGCGGGUGGCAUAUGUACAGGGUUUGAACUCCCAGUGGCAGAAGUACGACUCCAGCAGGGAGGACUAUAUCCGAGGUUUAUGUCAGAGGCUGAAGGAGAGCACUGGGCAGGGCCUGAUGCCUGCGCUGGGUUCUGUCCGCACUGGGUUGCUUCAUCACGAAAUCUCCAGGCUCAACGGCUUACUGGAAGAGAAGAUGAGUGAGUGUGCGAGGCUGGGAAGAGACGUCGAUGAGAUGAGGAGGAAGGACCAAGAGCGCAUCCAGACAUUGGAGCAACAGGUUCUUAUCUACACAGACGACUUUAAGUCGGAGCGUAGAGACAGAGAGCGAGCACAGGGCCAGAUCCAAGACCUGAAGGAGCAGGUUUAUCAGUUGAAACAGCAGCUACACAAACAGCAGGGAGCCACCAGAGAGAUCAGAGAUGUGGUUCCCAUGUGUCAUGUGCACAUAGGACACAGGAUCUCCCCACGGCGUCACAAGGACAAUACAGAGCAUCUACUGAGGACUACCACCGAGACGCAGCAGCAGCCUGCAGCCGCAGCCGCAGCUGCAGCCGCAACGCCGAGCCCCGCCUUGAGCGAGUGCCGGGACCUGUCCGAGCUGCAGUGCCUGCUUUGCAUGGCCAAGUUCCGUGACACUGCAGAGUACAUGAAACACUGGGAGGAAUGUGCCAAACUGUAAACGAACACUCAUUCGGAAAAGACAGUCAUUUGCUGACAGUAACUGAACACUGACGAGCAGCACUACACGGCAGAAAAUAACCUGAGUGGAGUUUCCAUUUUCGAGAGGCGUGACUACAAAUGAAUCAAUUGAUGUGAGAUGUUUGUACAUAGAGAAACAAAAAUGUACAACCCCCAGUUCCCCUGUCACAGGAGAAAUGAGUUCAUCAAGCCUUUAGUUAAAAAAGUGUCAGGUUCUGAGUCCUGGGGCAACACAUGGGAUUAUUGUGGAGGAGAAGAGGAUGUCGAUGCAAUAUAUCAAAUAUCAUAUACCUCAAUAUGUCCAAUUACAAAUCUGUUGCACUUUCUUGACAUUUAGCCCAAAACUAAUUGUAGGAUUGUACGAUUUUAAAGAUCCACGACGCAUAAGCUUCUUAUUUUGGAACUAGAUAUCUAGUCAAUGAUGUGGUGCUAUUCAUAGUUUAUUUUUGAUCGAACUUGAGAUAUUUUUGUUCUGUAAAUUAUCUACUAAACAAAUUUAAAAUAUAACUUAAUAUUUAUUCUUCUUGCAUAUAUAGGAAGAGGCAGAUCAUUUAAGUGCAAUGCCUUUUUUAUUUUCCGCCAAAGCCAAGAAAUAUAUUUCUUAGCUCAAAUGUUUUUGAGAUCCACUUUUUUCUUUUUUAACUGAUUGCAUCCCAACUGACAUAAUGCAUAUUUUUGUGAUAUCUGGUGCAGUUUUCUCGAGCUGGCACAUUAUUUUUGUAAUAAAAAAACUGUUCACCCAC